AUGUUAGAAAUACAAAACAUGAUAAAUUGUAGCACAAAAGAUUUAAAAGAUGUAAUAGUAACAGAUAAAUAUAUUAUAACUGUAGGAAGAGAAGAAUUGAUAUUUAUUUAUGAUAAAAAUAAUACGCUUAUAAAAAAAUUAAACCCAGACUCUGGAAAUGUAAAUUCUGUGGUAUUUGAUAAAAAUCUUAUUUAUGUUGGAUGCCAAAGUGGAGCAAUAAAUAUUUUUGAUAUCAAAACUUCAGAAAAGUCAGUUUUAUAUGGACAUACUGGAAAUGUAUGCUGUCUAAAAAUAAGAAAUAAUAUUUUACUAUCUGGAUCAUGGGAUCACAGUUUAAAGAUGUGGGAUAUAAAUAAAAAGAUCAUUCUUUCUAGCAUUGAUCAUCCAGGUACUGUAUGGUGUGUUAGUUUUAUUGAUGAUAACAGGUUUGUUACAGGAUGUGCUGACAAGGUAUUAAGAAUUUAUAAAAAUAAUUAUUUGGAAAUGACAAUGACACUUCACAAUUUUUGUAUAAGAUCUGUGUGUGUAAGAAAUAACUUUAUCUAUUCUGUAGAUAAUGAAGGAACACUUUUAAAAACUAGUCUAGCGGGAGAUUUAUUAAGUCAUAACUCAUUUAAAGAUUUUAUGUAUUGUGUGAUUUUAUAUGGCGAGAAUUUAUUGUGUUGUGGCGAAAAUGGUAAAAUUUACAUACUAAACAAUAAUUUACAUAUUAUUGAUGAAAUAUCAGUGCCAUGUACAUCUUGUUGGAAGGCAUUUUUACAUGAAAAUAUUCUUUAUGUUUGUGGAUCGGAUGGUACACUUUAUGUCUUUCAGGAUAAAAAAAGUGAUGAAGACAUAAAAGAAAAAUUUAAUAAAAUUAAAGAACAAAGAGGAGGAAUAAAAGAAUUUACAUCUGAUGGACAGAAAUAUAAGAUUAUUGAUAAUAUUGUAUAUCAAUGGUUAGACGAUUCUUGGGUACAAAUAGGUGAACAAGGAGAAUCUUACGAUUACAGUUUUAAUGUUGAAUUAGAAGGUAAAUAUUUUACGCUUUCUUUCAAUAAAAAAGAUAAUAUUUACGAUGUAGCGGAAAACUUUCUUAAAGUUAAUAAACUUAACUACGAAUACAAAGAUGAAAUUAUUGAAUAUAUAAGAAAGAAUUUUAAACAAGAUAAUUUUAAAACAUACGAAUCAAUUAAUAGUGAAGGAGUAAAAAGAACCCUGGCUUCAUUUAAUAAUAUAAAAUAUAUUUUUAUAAAUCUAAAUAAAAUAAAUAAAGAACAUGGUGAAUUUCUAGAGAAAGAAUUACUGUGGUUACUUCAGAAUAAUAUGAGAUUUGUUGCAUUAGACUUGUAUAGAUAUUUUACAGUGCAUGGAUUUAAUUUUGAUUUAACAUUUUUAAUGCGCUUUGCUGCGAAAGACAGAAAAGAAUCUUUAGCAUUUACAAGAUUAAUUACAGUUUUGUAUUGUGACCCUCCUUUUAAUCUAGAAAGCUUAUUUCCUGUGAUACAAAAAUUGAGAGACAUAGGAUAUCUUAAUGACAGUGAUUUAGAUGAUUAUUACAAUAAUAGAUCUGUGAGGAAUCAAUUACAAUUGUAA